GCUUGUGAGCAUUGUGGAGAUCGAGAUCCUGCUCAGCUUCUCGUCGCUUUCUUUUGCAUCCGCCGCAGCCCGCUCGCUACCCAGCUACCUCUGCUGUGCCACGCGAGCGAGUCUCGUCCACGAUCGCAGACCACCCCGGCCCAUACGUGCCAAAAGACUCACCAACUGAUACCUUACGCAGUAUGCUAUUCGACAUACCCGCCGAGGCAUUUACAACCAGACAUCUCCUUGGGACCGCCUUUUUGCCCCGGAGGACGGGGGCUUUCGUCCCAGCCCGGCCCGCUCCUUGUGCUCUCCUGGCUCCUGCUACGCAUCGUCUCCGAGUUCCCACGUCCGUCGCUUUGUCGCCCCCAAUUCUCAACGUCCUCCGGCCAUCCAGCAAACACGCUUCUCAAUCGAGGCAUUCACCCGCGCCGCUUGCUCAUCCGAUCGGCGAAUAGCCCACGUUCCCCUGUAUUCCUCAAUUCCUUCCGUCGGCAUGUCGAUAGUGCUCAACCUCGUUCAUCAUCCAUUGGUAAUGAUCUUCAUGCCUUGCCGACACCAGCUCUCAGUGUUAACACGAGGCAAUCAAGUCGCACUCAGUCAGCGAGCUGCCAGGGACCAGUCUAUGGGCUGAUGUCAGCGCACGUUGGUCUUUUGUGCACUUUUUUCGAGACCACCGACCGAGGCUCCCUUGGAUUGUUCUCGGGUCAAUCAUUGUCCAGCACGCACCCGCCGCAUACAACAAACCAUUUCGUUGUCAAACCAAUGCGCCGUGGCGGGCACCGGCAGCCACCCGGAACCGAUAUUGCGGCUGCUUGGAGAAUCUCCCUCUCUUGCACGGCCAUUGACUUGAUUCUGUAG